AUGGCGGCCUACGCAGCCUUGGUUUCUCUAAUGCAUAUCAUAGACGACCUCGAGCGCCACCAUUCCCCUCCGAUUUCUCUAAACAAACACCAAGUUCAAUCCCUCACUGAAAUUAUCACAUUCUUGCAGGAGUUUCUCGAAGCUUAUGACUCCCCUGUUUCCGACGAAGCAGAUCCCUUGGAGAUGCGUAUUGCAAAUGCAGCUUAUGCAGCUGAAGACGCCAUCGAAUCUCAUAUCGUGGCCAAGAUUCAGCUGAGCAGAUCCACAGAAGCUGAUAUCUCCCCUGUUUCCGACGAAGCAGAUCCAAAGGAAGAGAUGAAGUUGUUUCAAGAUGUGCAAAAUGUGAUACAAGAAAUGGAUCAGAUCAAGAGUUUGGCGAUGGAGAGGAAUACAGAGAAGGUGGUGCUACAUGAUACGCGGCGUAGCUUCAUCUCUGCUUCUUCUUCCACUGAGAAGAACAAUAGUGGCAUGGUGGUGUGGUCCGAGGGUGUCGUGAAUGGAAUCUUGGAAAGGCUCGUUUCCGACCAACGCGAACGCCAAGUCAUCCCGAUCACAGGAAUGGGCGGGAUAGGUAAGACCACUCUUGCCAAAACUGUUUAUUCGAAGAAAAUUAUUGAGCAGCGUUUUGAUGUUUGUGCUUGGGCUACUAUUUCUCAACAAUACAACACUAGUGAAAUUCUUUGUGAACUUGUUUCUCAAGCCACUAAUAAAAGCAAGGAACAACUGAGUGAAAAGAGUGAAGAUGAACUAGGAUUAGAGCUCUACCAGUAUUUGUCACGUAGAAGGUUUCUAAUUGUGAUGGAUGAUUUGUGGAGCAUCGAUGCUUGGGAUAGGAUACAACGUUUCUUUCCCGAAAAUGAGAAUUAUAGUCGGAUAAUAGUGACGACUAGGCUUUCACACUUGAGUUCCCAAUUGAACAACAAUUUUAGCCUUCAAAUGGAAUUUUUAGAUGAGGUUAGAAGCUGGGAACUCUUGUCAAAAAUUGUGUUUGGGGUUGGAAGUUGCCCACAUGAGUUAGAGAAAAUUGGAAAGAAAAUAGUAGAGAAUUGCAGAGGACUUCCUUUAUCAAUUGUUGUAGUGGCGGGUAUUUUGAGAAAUAGGGAACAUACUCUAGGAGUUUGGGAAUCAAUUAGGAAGAACUUAGCUUCAGAAGUGAAUUUGGAGAAUGAUAAGCAUUGUAUGAAACUGUUGAAAAUGAGCUAUAAUCAUUUGCCAGUUUAUUUAAAGCCAUGUUUUUUGUAUAUGGGAGUGUUUGAGGAGGAUGAUUCGGUUAGAGUCUCAAGACUCGUGAAGCUAUGGGUUUCUGAAGGAUUUUUAAAACCCAUGAAUGGCAAAAGUUUGGAAACUAUUGCCAUAGAGUUCUUAAAGGACUUGAUUGAUAGAAAUCUCAUUCUAGUUGGUGAAGUGGGGUCUACAGGAAACAUAAAAUGGGUCAAAAUUCAUGAUUUGUUGAGGGAUUUAUGCUUGAACCAGAGCAAGAAAGAUGGGUUCUAUCAUGUGAUAGGGCAAUCUAGUCCUCGAGGCAUGAGUAGCCAACGCCGCGUUGUUAUACCCAGGAACACGCCAAAGAAGAAAGUCCUUGACGACUUGCAGUCUAUGUCACGUGCUCGUUCCAUUAUCAGUGAAUAUGGGAGAGUACCGCGUAUUAAGAAUUCCGGGUUGCUUAGAACAUUACAUGCAUACAGAAAGUUUCGUUACUCUGGAGAUAAAAGCUACGUGGUCAAGUCCCUUGUGUCUCAGUAUGUUAACUUGCGCCACCUUGCUGUUAAAGUUGGUAGCCUGUCCUCGAUCUUUACCUCGUUUACUCGCUUCUGGAAUCUGCACAUAUUGAUUGUUUCUUGUUUUGGGAAGGAGUUCACUGCACCUGCUGAGAUUUGGAGAAUGCCACAACUUAGGCAUAUUGAAAUGACUGGAGGAAGAUUUUAUCUUCCAGAACCUUCGAGUGAUGAUGUCGUCGUCAUGGAGAAUCUACUGGUGCUUGAGGGAAUAGCAAAUUUCAAGUGCAGUGAAGAGGUGGUUAAGAGAAUUCCCAAUAUCAAAAAAUUGAGGAUAGAGUAUUUUGGGAGAGGGGGAAUCGAGCAAGAUGAUUAUUAUUGUUUGAACAAUAUCAAACGUCUGUGUAAAUUGGAAUCCCUCCACGUACAAUAUUCGGUUCAUGAUUUUAGAGCUGCUCCGUAUGCGCUCACAUUCCCCCAAAGCCUCAAGAAGUUGACUCUUGUGAUGAAUGGUGGCUUUGAAGGCCAAAGCCUCAAGAAGUUGACUUUUUUUAUGAAUGGUGGCUUUGAAUGGGAAAAAAUGUUGGAAAAGAUAGGUGCAUUGCCCUUUCUCGAGAAGUUCAAGUUGUGGUUCGGGUGCUUUGGAACAGGCAAGUGGGAAAUGGUUGAAGGCCAAUUCCCUUCCCUCAAGUACUUGGGAUUGCAUCGGUGUUGUAGUUUGGAGCAUUGGACUGCGGAAUCGAACUCCAUCUUUCCACGCCUUGAGAAGCUUCAUCUUGAUGGUAUGCUAGCGUUGAAGGAGAUCACGACUCAAAUUGGAGACAUACCGACGCUGCAAAAGAUAUGGAUGAGGGAUUAUGACGAAUCUGCUGUGAUGUGCGCAAAGGAGAUCGUAGAGGAACAAGUGGAAUUACAAGGGGAAGAUCUUCCAUUUCGUGUUCAAGUUUGGCUUUCGCGUGAGAACGAAGCAGUGCAGAGCUUGGCAGGCCCAACUUCGAAGUUAUAUGUUGGUUUUAGUUUUACUACCAUUAUCUUUCUUGUUGUUGUGUGUUUACCUGUUUUUCUUCAAUCUUCCUCCCUCUCACCUCUUAUCACCUCCUACAAAGAGAGAGAGAGAGAGAGGGAUAUAGAUGGUUCUCACCUCUUAUCACCAUUAAUAUCUCUCUUGCUUUUGUGUGUUUGCUUAUUUUUCUUCAAUCAGUACCUGUGA